CCUUGAUGAUUCAUGUCUAGUGAAGGUGAUGCCUGAAAAGUUGGCACACAGAGCUUGAUGGUGUGAGUGAACCGGUCGAACCGCAGCUUUAUCUCGGCUUUAGAGACUGUAGCGACUGUCAGCGAGUAACGGCUCCGGAGCUCAAGACGACGACAUUUUACCGGAGCAGCGAACCUUCCUGAAGUUCUGGUGUCGAGCUGGCAGAGAGAUGUUUCAGAUAAAAAGGAUCUGUUGUAUUGGUGCUGGAUACGUAGGAGGCCCAACAUGCAGUGUGAUCGCCGAGAUGUGUCCAGAGAUCACAGUCACUGUUGUGGAUGUCAAUGAGUCUCGUAUCAAAGCCUGGAACUCAGACACCCUGCCCAUUUAUGAGCCGGGACUGAAAGAGGUGGUUGAAUCAUGCAGAGGGAGAAACUUGUUUUUUUCUACAGACAUUGACUCAGCCAUCAGGGAUGCCGACCUCGUCUUUAUCUCUGUCAACACCCCGACCAAAACCUAUGGGAUGGGAAAGGGUCGCGCUGCCGACCUGAAGUUCAUCGAGGCGUGUGCUCGGCGGAUCGUAGAAGUGUCUGAUGGCUACAAGAUUGUCACAGAGAAGAGCACAGUGCCAGUACGAGCUGCAGAGAGCAUCAGACGGAUAUUUGAUGCCAACACCAAACCCAGCCUCAACCUACACGUGCUGUCCAACCCAGAGUUCCUUGCAGAAGGAACAGCAGUGCGGGAUCUGAAGGAGCCAGACAGAGUCCUGAUUGGUGGAGACGAGACAGCUGAAGGUCAAAAAGCGAUCAAAGCACUGUGUGCCGUCUACGAACACUGGGUCCCCAAGGCCCGAAUCAUCACCACCAACACAUGGUCGUCUGAGCUGUCCAAACUGGCAGCCAAUGCGUUCCUGGCACAGCGAAUCAGCAGCAUCAACAGUAUCAGUGCUCUGUGUGAAGCCACUGGAGCUGACGUGGAGGAGGUCGCCAAGGCAAUUGGCAUGGACCAGAGAAUAGGCAGCAAGUUCCUUAAAGCCAGUGUGGGUUUUGGUGGGAGCUGCUUCCAGAAGGAUGUGCUGAAUCUGGUGUAUCUGUGCGAGGCCCUCAACCUGCCGGAGGUGGCUUCCUACUGGCAGCAGGUGAUAGACAUGAAUGAGUACCAAAGAAGGCGGUUUGCCUGCAGGAUCAUUGACUGUCUCUUCAACACUGUCACUGGCAAAAAGAUCGCUCUGCUGGGCUUCUCUUUCAAAAAAGACACUGGUGACACAAGGGAGUCAUCCAGCAUCUACAUUUCGAAGUAUCUGAUGGAUGAGGGUGCCAAGCUGUUCAUCUAUGACCCCAAAGUUCUUAAAGAGCAAAUCAUUCAUGACCUCUCCCAGCCCAACAUCUCAGAGGACAACCCAGAAAGAGUGUCUGAGCUGGUUACUGUAACUUCAGACCCUUACGAGGCCUGCCAGAGUGCACACGCGUUGGUCAUCUGCACUGAGUGGGACAUGUUCAAGGAACUGGACUACGAGAAGAUUUACAAGAAGAUGCUGAAGCCGGCCUUUGUAUUUGAUGGUCGCAGAGUGCUGGAUCACCUUCACCAUGACCUCCAGACAAUUGGCUUCCAAAUCGAGACCAUUGGCAAGAAAGUGACAGCAGCACGAAUCCCCUACACCCCGGCAGGCGUUGGUGCUCGCAUGCCUGCCCCCGAACCUCCCAGCAAGAAAACAAAAGUCUAAAACUCAUUUUGCUGUCACACACUAUGUGCAACACAUUCCUCUCUCAGCCUUUUCAUAGCUGGUGAAACAUUUGACUGAGGUCCCACCUCCCAGGCCUAAUCAUAAAAAGAGCCAAACGGUGAGACUAAUUGCUCCCCUGCCGUGGGUUUGAUGAGAGGAACAAGUCAGUCGAGCCUUGAAUCAAAAAUUGUGGGAAUGUUUUUUGAAAGAAUUACAUUAAAAGAUCAUUCCAGACACACGGUUAAUUUUAUACAAUCUAUGCUGAACAACAUUUCAGAUACAUGACCUGUCUGUUGUACUUAUUUUAAAGCAACACUAUCAACGUGAGUCUACUUUCUUACAGUAUCAAUUAUAUAAUCAAAUAUUACAAAUUUUUAUACUAUUUUUUAAAACUAUUUUUAUAAAUCAACUGUAUGUUAAUUAGUAUGUUCUCUGAAUUUAUGGCUGUUUACAAAAAAGGGCCAAUGCAAUAAAGUAUUGUUUAUCCUUAA